AUGCCAGUGAAGAAGGAGAUUAAAAAAGAAGAAUUUGAUGAUUUCCUAAAAGAGUAUUUACUCAACACAGACAUGGAGGAAAGUCCUGGACUGGGUCAUGGCUGUAAGACACAGGCAUCAUGUACCUACAAAGAAGAGCCAUUCUCACCAGUGGAAAUUAAAGAGGAAAACCAUUCUGAUUUUGGAGAAUAUGAAGAGGAUAAAGACGCAUCACCUACAACAGAUUGUGGAAAGACUUUUACUCGGGCGGAUAGUUUGAAGAUGCACCUGACGAUCCAUACUGGAGAAAAGCCAUAUCAGUGUUCAGAUUGUGGAAAGACUUUUAGUCAGGAACGUAAUCUGAAGACUCACCAGAAGUUGCAUAGUGGGGAAAAGUUUCAUCACUGUUCAGAUUGUGGAAAGACUUUUGCUCAGGCAAGUCAUCUUAAAACACAUCUGAUGAUCCAUACUGGAGUUAAACCAUAUCAGUGUUCAGAUUGUGGAAAGGCUUUUACUCGGGCAGAUAGUCUGAAGAAACACCAGAGGAUCCAUACUGGGGAAAAGCCAUAUCACUGUUCAGAUUGUGGAAAGACUUUUGCUCAGGCAGGUUAUCUCAAGAUACAUCAGAUGAUCCAUACUGGAGAAAAGCCAUAUCACUGUUCAGAUUGUGGAGAGACUUUUGCUCGGGCAGGUACUCUGAAGAUACAUCAGAUGAUCCAUACUGGGGAAAAGCCAUAUCAGUGUGCUACAUGUGGAAAGGGUUUCAAAACCAGUAAAGAGCUUACUGACCAUCAGAGAACACAUACUGGACAAAAGCCAUAUCAGUGUUCAGAUUGUGGAAAGACUUUUGCUCAGGCAGGUACUCUGAAGAUACAUCAGAUGAUCCAUACUGGAGAAAAGCCAUAUCAGUGUGCUACAUGUGGAAAGGGUUUCAAAACCAGUAAAGAGCUUACUCUCCAUCAGAUGAUCCAUACUGGGGAAAAGCCAUAUCAGUGUGCUACAUGUGGGAAAGGUUUCAAAACCAAUAAUGAGCUUAAUGUUCAUAAAAGAAUACAUACUGGAGAAAAGCCAUAUCAGUGUUCAGAUUGUGGAAAGACUUUUACAAAGGCAUUUCAUUUCAAAACACAUCUGAUGAUCCAUACUGGGGAAAAGCCAUAUCAGUGUGCUACAUGUUUGAAAAGUUUCAGAACCAGCAUAGAGCGCACUGUCCAUCAGAGAACACAUACGGGAGAAAAGCCAUAUCAGUGUUCAGAUUGUGGAAAGACUUUUACUCGGGCAGAAAGUCUGAAGACACAUCAGAGAACACAUACGGGAGAAAAGCCAUAUCAGUGUUCAGAUUGUGGAAAGACUUUUACCCGGGCAGAUCAUUUGAAGACACAUCAGAGAACACAUACUGGAGUAAAGCCAUAUCAGUGUUCAGAUUGCGGAAAGACUUUUAUUUUAGGAACUGAUCUGAAGAGGCACCAGAGGAUCCAUACUGGGGAAAAGUUUCAUCACUGUUCAGAUUGUGGAAAGACUUUUGCUCAUGCAGGUAAUCUUAAAACACAUCUGAUGAUCCAUACUGGAGAAAAGCCAUAUCAGUGUGCUACAUGUGGGAAGGAUUUCAUAACCAAGAGGGGGCUUACUCUCCAUCAGAUGAUCCAUACUGGAGAAAAGCCAUAUCAGUGUUCAGAUUGUGGAAAGACUUUUGUUCACUCAGGUCAUCUUAAGAGACAUCUGAUGAUCCAUACUGGGGAAAAGCCAUAUCAUUGUUCUACAUGUUUGAAAAGUUUCAGAACCAGCAAAGAUCGCACUGUCCAUCAGAGAACACAUACGGGAGAAAAGCCAUAUCAUUGUUCAGAUUGUGGAAAGACUUUUACCCGGGCAGAUCAUUUGAAGACACAUCAGAGAACACAUACUGGAGUGAAGCCAUAUUAUUGUUCACAUUGUGGAAAGACUUUUACUCAGUUGACACAUCUGAUGGUCCUCAGGUGA